UCGUGUUCUCGCACAGCACCCUGGUAGAUGUAGUUUCAAUACGCGUCCGGAAGAAGGAAGUGACUGGUCUGAGUGACCUCAGCGUUGUGGGCGGCUGGUUAAUGCUUGUCAGAUUCAAGACGAGAGAGAGAAGAUUUCGGAGGUGGGAAAAACCCAACAAAAACACGUUCCUAAUAAUGAUUGAUUAAAUAACAACACCGCAGCUAUGAGCGGUUUCACAAAGAAGACGAGCACGGAUUGUUUGCAGCUGGGUUUCCCUCUUGCACCGGGAGACAUGGAUGCAAUGACGGAGGAGAGCGAGACCAGGAGGAGGGAGCACUGGAAGCUGCUGGGCAGUCUGAAGACCACCGUGGAGGGGCUGCUGUCCACCAACAACCCCAACGUGUGGUCUAAGUACGGGGGUCUGGAGCGGCUGUGCAAGGACAUGAACAACAUCCUGAGCCACGGACUGCUGCACGACGAGGUUUACUGCAAGCAGAAGGAUUACUGGCGCUUUGUGUGGUGCGUCCGCUACGUCAGCCCGCAGCUGGCACCGCAUGUCGACCAGUUCAUGAACCUGGAGGAGAGGAGCCCGAGGCCUGGCCUGCAGCCCAGCGAGUGGCACAAGGCAGAGCGCUGGCUUCACCACAGCCUGCAGUUCCACUGCCUGUCUGCACAGCUGCGGCCCCUGCUGCACCAGCGCAGCUACACUCGCAAAUUCUACACAGACUGUGCGUUCCUCCAGAGUGACCCCCACGUGACGGCCAUGUUCCAGUGUCUGGAGGCUGUGGAGCAGAACAACCCCAAGCUGCUGGCUCAGAUCGACACGACCAUGCUGGCCCGCAAGAAGGAGUCCCCUGUGCUGCUGAUGAAGAGUCAGAGUCUGCUGGCCUUGCCGGGGUCUGUGGGCAUCCUCCCCCACAACGGGGUGCAGUGCAGAUACACCACCUCCUACAACAGCCAGCGAGCAGGACAGUGGAGCCCCCUGCCUAGCACAGUAGACGGUCAGUUUGGGAGCCACAUGCAGCGCUCCGGUGCAGCCCAGUCUUGGCUCUGUGCAGACAGAGGAAUCAGUCCACUGCCCCCCGGAUUGCCCAGCGUCUCUGUCACUGAGCCCACCACUCCAGCAGGCAGCGUCCCGGCCACCUACGCCCCCGAGGACUGUCCCGAGGACCCCUGCGGAGAGCUCGAUGACGGGCCGGAGUACCUGGCCAUCGGGAACCUGGGUCGGCGCCGCCGUGCCUCCCACAGCAGCACUGGGAGCAAUGGGAGCGGGAAGGGAGAUACUCCGGCUGUAACCGCACCCUCAUCCCUGAGGUCCGCCCUCCUCAGCCUGCCCCCCCGGCGCUCCAGCUUCUCUGAGGGACAGGGGGCGGAGAGACCGGGCAGGGUAAGGAAGAGCCACGCCCGCUCACACUCCGACACAGGAGUCACACAGGCGCGGGCACCAGGAGGACACCGGGACAUCACUAUUAUAAUUGAGGACCCCAUGGCAGAGUCUCUCCCCGAGGUGCCCAGUGUGAUGGAGUAUGGUGCCUUCUCCACGCACAGCAGCGAGGUCAGCACGCCCAGCUCCCUCUACAUGGAGUCCGAGGGCUCCCAGGUCAGCAGUGUGUCGGACAGCAUGUUCCGCAGGCCCUCGGAGGGACAGUCUCUCAUCAGCUACCUCUCUGAGCAGGACUUUGGCAGCUGUGCUGAUCUGGAGAAGGAGAACGCUCACUUCAGUAUCUCAGAGUCUCUGAUCGCAGCGAUUGAACUGAUGAAGUGUAACCUGCUGAAGCGCGGGGGGCUGGGCUCUGAGGGGGAGGGGGAGGAGGAGAACGACCGUGAGAUCCUGGAGCUCAAACAGAAGAUCCGGCUCCGCAGGCAACAGAUCCGCACCAGCCGUCUGCAGCCUCCCCCGACGCACUCCCACAGCACUUUCACCACCACUGACAGCGGCGGUUCCCAGCACAGCUCCCAGGAGUCCCUGCUUCGCUCAGACUCCAGUUCCAUUGACGAGGUGGAGGAGUAUGAGCUCAAAGAUGGUAAUGAUGGAUCUAACCUGAUUCUAAUGUCCAAGAGCGGACUGUCUUUAUCCAUGGCUUCGUUGUUCUCAGACGCUGAUAUUAAGAGGAGCCUGACCUGCUGCAGUGGCAAGUCCUUGCUCAGCUCGGAGUUCAUCUCUCCCUCCUACCUGCAGUCAAACUCUGCCGAGUCGGUGGCGAUGGGGUUGCUGCGGCAGUUUGAGGGGAUGCAGCUCCCUGCCGCCUCUGAGCUGGACUGGCUGGUCCCCGAGCACGAAGCCCCUCAGAAGCUGCUGCCGAUCCCGGACUCGCUGCCGAUCUCCCCGGAUGACGGCGAGCACGCGGAUAUCUACAAGCUGCGGAUCCGUGUUCGAGGAAAUCUGGAGUGGGCUCCUCCUCGACCACAGAUCAUCUUCAACAUCCACCCCGCGCCCAAGAGGAAGGUAGUGGUGGCCAAGCAGAACUACCGCUGUGCAGGCUGUGGGAUCCGCACAGACCCAGAUUACAUCAAGCGUCUGCGCUACUGCGAGUACCUUGGGAAGUACUUCUGCCAGUGCUGCCACGAGAACUCUCAAUCCGUGGUGCCCAGCCGCGUCCUGCGCAAGUGGGACUUCAGCAAGUACUACCUGAGCAACUUCUCCAGAGACCUGCUGGCCAAGAUCUGGGGUGACCCCCUCUUCAAUGUGCAGGACAUCAACAGCGCCCUCUACAGGAAGGUCAAGGCGCUGGAGCAAGUGCGGCUCCUGAGAAUGCAGCUGGUCCACAUGAAGAACAUGUUCAAGACCUGCCGGCUAGCUAGGGAGUUGCUGGAACAGUUUGACCGGGAGCCGGGUCACCUGACUGAGGACCUGCACCUGUACUCUCUGAGUGACCUGAGCGCCGUGCGCAAGGGGGAGCUGUCCCCCCGCCUGCGAGAACUGGUGCGCCUGGGGGCCGCGCACGUGCACAGCUGCGUGCUGUGCCAGGCAAAGGGCUUUAUCUGCGAGUUCUGUGGGAAUGGCAAGGACAUCCUGUUCCCUUUCGAGCUCAAUAAGUGCCGGCGCUGCGAAGAGUGCAAGGCCUGCUAUCACAAGAACUGCUUCCGCUUGGAGGACUGUCCGAGGUGCAGCCGCCUCGCUGCACGUCGUGAGCAGCUGGCCAGACAGAAUAUGGAGCAGUAUGAGGAGGAGGGGGAGAGCGAGGGGAAUGAGGGGAAUGAGGGCAACGAGGAGCGGGGAGGGGGCUCAGACAGGGACAGGGGGGGCAGUGAAGAGAGAGACUGAGACCCGGAGAACAUGGCUGUCACAGCACCGACCCUACAGAGCCCACCCCCCUCCGUACACUACCCCUCACACAACGCACUGAGCUAUACUAUGAGCACAAGCCUUUAGACUUAGACUUCAGUUUAGACAUGCUGCUUUAAGUGACUUCACUGAAGUCUUCUUGUGCUGCUUUAAUGACUCUUUAGUAAAGAGUUAUGCCACAGACCGUUGAAGCUGCACAUUACUCUGAGAAGCGGUGCUGUUUCUCCCUGAGCACCGGCAGCGGGCUCUGGAUUAUCUCUUCACUCGCAGAUCUCCUUUCCUGUUCAUGCUUCAAACCCAUAUAUAGAAAUCUAUCUCUGUUGCAACAGAGCCUCCUGUUGGGUCUCAGUGAGGGCUGUGUGCACCAGAGUGGGUUGUGCGCCCCCAGAUUGCACAGCAAGGAGAGGGCGGGGUUCAAAUUCAGCUGGACUGGAUGAAACAAACAUUUAAAACACUGACUUUUUUAUUUAUUUAUUUUUUUGGGAGACUUCACAGUGCAGUAGCAGGUCCCCAGACUGUUGUACUGUCCUUCAUUUUCAGGGUUGCAUUUUGUAGAGGCUCUGUGUGCUCUGAUGAAGCAGGAAGAACACGCAGGGUUUGCUGAGAGAACAAGCAAUCACGGAAAGCAGUCCCUCUAUCAGGGGGGCUGGAAACCCAUUUCUCACCCGCAGACACAGAACUACCGUUCCGAGAUGAGUUUCUCAAACAGUCAGGACUGUGCAAGCCAUCGAAACAGUCAGACCCUGCUAAAUCUGCUCUGAAUGGACCAGAUCUGCCCAAAGAGGAGCAGCUUUAUCACGGGCCAAUGCACAUGAUGGACAGCUGGAGAUCCCAGUAAUUCAAUGGACAUGGCAAUAUUUCAAAAGCAUGCAUUGCUCUGUGUGUCUGUAAAACAACCUCUGCAUUCAUCCAAUGAAACCUGCAAUGCAAGCCAGUGGGUUCCUAAUCUUUCUAUGCGCACCAGCUGUCCCAACUUUCAACCCAUCAAAGGAAGACAACCUGACAUCGAAGGGAGGGCCUGCUGUUGAAACCGAAUGGCCAUGGAGCCGUCCUACAAAGUUUUUCUUAUUUAUUUUGGGGGGGGGGGGGGGCUGGGUUACUACUAAGUUACUCUGUGAGGGUUUCUAGUGUUUCUUAGAUGAGAUUUUAUUGCACUGUUAUACCGUUCAUGUAGUAGGCUGUUCUAUAGCCUGUGCUCUCUUAAACAAUGGGCAAUUGCUCAACAAGAACACAUGGUGACUGGAUUGAUGCUGCGAUUUAUACUCUUAUUUUGUUUAUCAUACGGAAAGGCACCUUAUAGAGCUCCUUCUCUUUGCUUGCACAGUAUGAUGGGGUCCUCAUGAAAACAAGACUUUUCAUGCUGUCCCUGUCCGUUAAGAGUGUUUUUUUUUCGUACUCUCUGCAGUCUCUGCUCCAGUGUGAACACGAACGGCAGGGAAUGUGAUUGGAUAGUGAAAGUGCUUUAGUUAAUUCAGUAUUGAUUUUAAACACUGAAUUAAGUUGGGUGAAAAAUACUUUGUCGUAUUCAAAGUUUUUAGCAGCUUUCACAGCUUAUUUUUCUAAUUUCUAUAUAAUUACUAAUAUUGCAUUUCUACUAAAAGUUGUUUGAAUCAGAAGGCCCUGUGUUUUUUUUGUUUUUUAGGGUCUGUUGCUCAGCUGAAGUUGAAACUGGAUCCAUAUUUGCUGAAGUGUCUGCUCUGGCAGAUGGCCAAUCUGCUAUUCAGAGUUUAAACCUUCCCCUUUCCUAAACGAAACCAAGAGGUUCACUUGAUAUGAAAAGCAAGCCUGUAGUAAAGUUCUCCCACAGUUAGAUUGGAGCUCCUGUGAGUCCACCUCUAGAUCCUAGGUCCUGUCGGUACAGAGGGAGAUGCAGCUUCUAGUAAUGUUUUGCACAGUGAAUCUAUAAAAGACCCUGGGGACUCCCUGUGUGGGAGUGCUUAUGUGGUUCAGUGAGUGUGGGAGUGAAGGGGAGUUUUCGCAGUGCAGCUGAGAGUGUUGAACACUGAUGAAGCUGUGUGCGCCGGCUUUGCAAUGAACAUUAAAAUAUAAAAGCAUCCACUGUAGAAGCUGGGCAAGCUGGAAGUCAUGCAAUUCACUUUUUUUAAUAUUUAUUUUUUUUAAAGGCUGAAUGUGUGAAUAUCACUAAAUGUCCUGGAACACGACUACCAACAACCAAACGAGGCUGAAUUGGAGCUCCUGCUCAGUGGACCUGUCUUUCCAGUGAAGCGCAGCCUGUGUGUGUAUAGUACAGAAGCAGUAUUGAACUCAUUUAUAUCAGACUAAUUCUGUUGUGUGUGUCUUUGUGUAUAUGUCCUGUAUUAUUAAUCUGCCUCAAAGUCUUGCUGUAAAUAUGAAUGACACAUUUUAUGGGAUUCUAUUACCAGUUUGGGAUGGAAUAGAACCUGAAACACUGCACUAUCAGAGAACUGUCCCCAAAUAGAAAAACACAAAAUCAACUGAA